GUCAACGCCCCGACUGUACCCCCUUGUGCGCGCCGCCGGCCGCCAUGGGCGCGUCGCCCUCGGCGCCCAGCCCGGAGCGGGCCGCGAGCCUGCGCGGCGGCGUCGAGGCCGCGUGCGCCCGGGCGGCGCGCAGCAUCGGCGAGGCCGACGUGCUCCUGCUGUGCACGGGCGCGGGGUUCUCCGCGGACGGCAGGGGUGUACGCGGACGUGGCGAGGGUGGAGGCCUACAAGCAGCGCGGCCUUCAGUACCACGACAUCUGCAGGCCCCACUGGCUGGAGAAGGAGCCGGAGCUGUUCUGGGGCUUCUGGGGCCAGUGCUUCAACGACUACCGGUGCACGCCGCCCCACGAGGGAUACGCCAUGAUCGACAGAUGGGUAGACCGCCGCUUCAGGCACACCGAGCUGGCCCAGAAGAUCAGGCAGAAGCUGCAGGCGUCGCGCGAAGCCGACGGCGGUGGAGGUGAGGAGGACCGCCCGACGCAGCUGCCCUCGAGGCCCUACGUCGUCUCCGACGCCGCGGGUGGCUUCUUCGUCUUCACCUCGAACGUCGACGCCCACCACUUCGACUGGUUCCGCGCCUGCGAGAUCCGGGAGUGCCACGGGAACACGGAGAUCUACCAGUGCACCCGCGGGUGCCAGGGCAUCUGGCGCGCGCCGCUGGACUUCCGGUUCCUCGUGGCCACCGGCACCAUGCUCGCCCCCGCGGGCGCGCCCGCGGGCGCAGCGCCCGCCGCGGAGGCUGCGGAGGGCUUGGGCGCCGCGGCCUCGGGCGACGGCGGCGAGGCCAGGCCGCGCGUCGGGAACGUCCGAGGGGGCGGGCGGCGGACGACGCUCCGGCACAUGCCGGGGUCCCCUGCCGGGGCGGCGGGCUUCGAGACUCGGACGAACCACCCCGCGUGCCCGAGCUGCCGGGGCCCCGCGCGGCCCGCCAUCCUGAUGUUCGGGGACUACGGCUGGCUGGACCUGGAGGAGCAGGACGAGCGGUGGAGCGCGUGGGCGAAGGCGGUGUGCUCGGCCGCCGACGACGCCCGGACGGGCGGCCGCCCCCUCCGCGUCGCGAUCCUCGAGGUCGGCGCGGGGGGCAACGUGCCCACGGUCCGGAGGACCUCGGAGGAGCAGCUGCACGAGUUCGGCGAGAGCGGCGCGGUGGCCAGCCUCAUCCGCGUGAACCCGGAGCUCCCGCUCGGGGACAGGGACGAGUACGAGCCCACGGGCGAGGGGGCGGACCGCGUCAUCAGCAUCAUGGACACGGGGCUGGCGAGCCUCGGGCGCAUCGACGCGGCCCUGGAGGCGCUGUGGUCUGCGGGAGCCGCCGAGGGGCCGGGCCAGGGCCAGGCCGGGGCGGCAGGGCGGCCACUGUGA